UUACCCGCCUGCGCAAUUCAAUGUUGUGAUUUUAACGAAAACAACAUGUCUGCCUCCAUGGUGCGAGCGACCGUGCGAGCGGUCAGCAAAAGAAAAAUACUGCCUACAAGAGCCGCACUGACACUGACUCCAGCAGCUGUGAGCAAGAUCAGUUUUUUGUUGCAGAACAAGCCGGAAUAUAUUGGUUUGAAGGUCGGGGUGAGAACGCGUGGCUGUAAUGGACUAACUUACACACUGGACUACACCAAGGAGAAAGACAAGUCUGAUGAGGAAGUUCUGCAGGAUGGUGUGAGGGUGUUCAUAGAGAAGAAAGCUCAGCUGACCCUUCUAGGAACCGAGAUGGACUUUGUGGAGUCGAAGCUGUCCAGUGAAUUUGUCUUCAACAAUCCCAACAUAAAGGGCACAUGUGGCUGUGGAGAAAGCUUCAACAUCUGAGCGUCGUGGAGCUCCCGCACUGUCCCUUCUCCAAACCAUGUCCCAUCCAUAAAGACUGAAAGACGGAAUGUUGACAAGGAAGUCAGACAUGAGGACAUCUGACCGCAGACCACACACACACACACACACACACACACACACACACACACACACACACACACACACACACACACCCAAGUAUGCUUAGAUGAAGGCUUACAUACAUACAACCUGUGUAGUCCAAACUAUCUUGACAUGUAGAUUUUAGGUUCAGAUACCUCUGAUGUUGGCAACUGCUGUUUUAAACUGGGUUCUAAAUAAAAAAUCCUUAGAAGGACCUCAAAAGCAAGACGUUUUUUAAUUUAGUGAAUUGCUGCCAUUUCACACAUACGCUAUAAGACAGUGUACUAGCACCCAGUGCCAUGUAAGCAGCAGUAUGCAAAAAGUGGAAGAGUUUGGGUGUCUUGAAACCGCUUUAUUAGUUUAUAAAGUGUAUAUUUAUCUCCGAGUGUAUAUUUAACAAUGUAUAUCUCCCUUGAAACAUGUAAACGCACACAAAAAAUAACGCACAAAAGACAUGUAUAAGAGUACAUGAGAUUUAUGUCGGUUUCUGUUUUGCUUGAUCAAAGCCAGGACUUUGUUUGUACUGUGCAAUAUGUCUGUGUACAUAUGUAGUAAUAAUAAAUGGCUAAAUGCAGUCCUAUGAAA